AUGCUGGUGCUGAACUGUUCCUUGAAACUGCAGAUGCUGGAGAAAAUGUUAAUGCAGAACUUCCCCGAAUCGGACAAGGUUUAUGGAGCAGUGCUGAAUAUCAACAGAGGCAAUCCCUUCAGGAAGGAAGUGGUAGUGGAUUUGUGGCCAGAUCUCAAAAUUGUCAUCACCAUGCGGCAGACGGAGGAUGAGAUGGAUGACCUUGACCAUUACACCAAUGCCUAUGCAGUUUUCUAUAAGGACCUACGGACUUACCAGGAGCUACUGGCCAACACAGAUAUCAUCAACUGGGAACAGAUCUUUCAGAUCCAAGGACUGCCAGCCGCCACGCCACUGCAGCCAGAGCCAGCCGCUGCAGCCACAGCACUGGCGGCACGGAUGGACCCUGCACCAAGAUUGGCUUACCUUGAUGUCUCUCAUACCAGCCUGCUGAAUGAAACCUGGUCGCGGGGAGGCAACAAGUAAUGCCAGAGGUAAAUUGCCACCUCAUUCACUGCUUCCCCACAUCUGCGUGCUAGAUGACAACGGACACCUUGUCUCCUGGAGUCUGACAGAUCAGUUUGCCACCAUGAUUCACAGUUAUAUCCUUCCUGAGCACCGCAGGAAAGGUUAUAACCAUCUUGUUGCUACCCUGUUAGCUAAGAAGUUACAUAGCCAGGGCUUUCCAGUUCAGGGUAACGUCCUGGAGGAGAACAUACUAGCUAUAACAUUGUUCAAAAGCAUGAACUCUCAAUUUCUGCCCUGCCAAUUUUUCAGACUCUUCCACAUGCCUUUCCGGUUUUUAGCCAGUCCUGACUUAUAGUCUAAGCACCGGUAUAAGUUAUUGGUCUCCUGAGUAUUCACUUACCUCCUCCACUGUAACUAGGUGAAAUAUUACAGCCUGUGUUAUAUGGGAAAUCACACUAGAUGAUCAUAAUCCCUCUUAUAGCUUUGAAAAUCUCUCAUCUAAUAUACCCUAAUAACUGUUCACGGCAUCUCAGUUCAGCAAAUCAAAGAAAGAUAGGAAUGGAUUUAAGUCUAGCAUUUUGUUAUUGCAGUUCAACUGACAUCUCCCCUGCAUUCCCUCUUAUUAAAAGGACAAUUUCUUUAGUUUAGCGAACUGUCUUAUAAGAUCACCUAUCUUGUCUCUCCGAAGAUACAUCUUAUUAGACCAACCCACAAUUACUGGACAAACCAGACCUCUGACCCCUCCUGGCCUCUUCAAGUACACCCCAUCUAGAUCUCAGGCCCUGGGCUGUCACUUGUCUCUUGGGGGCAAAAAUCACAUGAUUCUCCCACUCUCAGACCAGGCCCUGGCUUGCAGUCCCCUGUGUAUCAACCUCAGCAGACAUGUCCAGACCCUAUAGUUCUGUUCCCUCUAGGGGCAAUGACAGUGGUAACCAAACAGCCUCCUUCAAGCAAAGUAUUAUUUAGAACAAAAGCAUUUCAGAGAAAAGUGGUCUUUAAUAAUAAGGCACACUACAUGCCUCUCUAGCUCACCAGGUGGUUGUCUUACUACAGACUCCAUGUGGAAGAUAAACUUUCUAUUGACUCUUCUGCAAAACCACUCUGUCUGUCAGCCUCUCUCCUCCCUGUCAGAGCUCCAUGAUAUUCUCUGGACAGCCCUGGAGACUUGCUCCCUUUCCCAGGGCAAGGCACUAUGGAUAUGCCUACACUGCACUUAAGGUGUGACUGCAGUUCCUGUAGACAUGCCUGAGCUAGCUUCAGUCUAGCUAGAUCAAAGAUAGCUUGACUAACAAUAGCAGGAUAG